AUGCAGCCCUGUUUAUUCCAACAACUCAAUGCACCGACUUGUAUACCGACAUCAGGCGCCAAACUGUGCACUGAUACCCCUCAUAUCAUUCCACCCCGCUCUCCACGUCAAACGCAAGCUCGCCCCAUCACUGUCGCCAACCUUCUCGAACGCUCGCUUGCACCGCGGACGACUCAGAAGGCUCGCCAUCAAUCGGUCAAAGCUCAACGCACCGUCAAGCUCAUUUCGCCUGUGACUACGCCCAAGUUGCAGCCGAAGGCCGAGGAGUAUCCCGAGCAGGCCAACAUGAAGGGCGUCUACGACUUUAGCUAUAACCUUUUUGGCUCGCAGAUCGCUCGUCAGCAGCAGUAUCAGUCUCUUGCAUCGCUGCUUCGGAGCCGGCUUCUCCCCGGGAUCCCACCCACGACAUUCUGGAGCAGCGUCUUGAGGAACGCCUCGCUCGCUCGACGAAGCGGGAAAUGGCGGAUACUGGUAACGCUGCCCAAGACGUCAACACCUAGUGUGCCGCGCAUCGCCGCUCUACAUCUGCACCCGCCGCAUCUACCGUGUCUCUUGUCGUAG